GCCAGAUUUUCAAAAGCGCGCGCGCGCCAAAUCCGUCCAUCAUCUCCCGCGCGUUCAAACAAACACACACAACACAGCCCACACACUGCCACGAGCGAGUGAGCAAGCAAGCAAGCGAGCAAGAGGGUGGCAAGAAGCCUUCCACCAACACGACCAGACCACCAUCAUCCCGCCGGUCGGUUCAUUUUCUUCCAAGCGUAUCGCAUAGGCAGUUCCCCCUCCCCACAAGCCAACACCACCAUUCCACUCCCCAGUCCCCCUUCCAGCCCAUCCUCAACACAACCUCCCAGGAUGUAUGUCGUCAAGCGAGACGGGCGCAAGGAGAAGGUUCUCUUUGACAAGAUCACUUCCCGCGUCUCCAAGCUCAGCUACGGCCUCAACACAGAGCACGUCGAUGCUGUUGAGAUCACCAAGCGCGUCAUCUCUGGCGUGUAUACCGGUGUCACCACGGUUGAGCUUGACCAGCUUGCCGCGGAGACAGCCGCCUCCUUCACCACCAAGCACCCGGACUACGCCAUCCUCGCCGCGCGCAUCGCCGUGUCCAACCUCCACAAGAUGACACACAAGCAGUUCAGCGAUGUCAUUGAUGCUCUGCACCACUACGUCAACCCGGAGACAGGCCGCCCAGCUCCGCUCAUCUCCAAGGAGACGUACGAGCAGGUCAUGGCCAACAAGGAGGUGUACAACUCGCACAUCAUCUUUGAGCGUGACUUCAACUUCAACUUCUUUGGCUUCAAGACGCUUGAGCGCUCGUACCUGCUGAAGAUGAACGGCAAGGUUGCCGAGCGCCCCCAGCACAUGUUCAUGCGCGUCGCCAUUGGCAUGCACGGCGAAGACGUUGACGCAGCCAUCGAGACGUACAACUACAUGUCCGAGGGCUUUUUCACGCACGCGUCGCCAACGCUGUUCAACUCUGGCACGCCCAUCCCGCAGCUGAGCAGCUGCUUCCUCCUCACCAUGAAGGACGACAGCAUCGAGGGCAUCUACGAUACGCUCAAGACGUGUGCCAUGAUCUCCAAGACAGCCGGCGGCAUUGGCCUUAGCGUGCACAACAUCCGCGCCAGCGGCUCGUACAUUGCCGGCACCAACGGCCACUCGAACGGGCUCGUGCCCAUGCUGCGCGUGUUCAACAACACGGCGCGCUACGUCGACCAGGGCGGCAACAAGCGGCCCGGCGCCUUUGCCGUGUACCUCGAGCCGUGGCACGCAGACAUCUUUGACUUUCUCGAGCUGAAGAAGAACACCGGUGUUGAGGAGCAGCGUGCCCGCGACCUCUUCUUCGCGCUGUGGGUGCCCGACCUGUUUAUGAAGCGCGUUGAGGCCAACGAAGAGUGGACGCUCAUGUGCCCGCACGAGUGCCCCGGUCUCUCGGACACAUACGGCGACGAGUUUGAGCGCCUGUACGAGAAGUACGAGGCCGAGGGCAAGGGCCGCAAGAAGGUGUCGGCAUCCAAGCUCUGGUUUGCCAUUCUCGACGCCCAGACGGAGACGGGCACCCCAUACAUGCUCUACAAGGACGCGUGCAACAAGAAGUCGAACCAGAAGAACCUUGGCACCAUCCACAGCAGCAACCUCUGCACGGAGAUUAUCGAGUACAGCAGCCCCGACGAGGUCGCCGUCUGCAACCUCGGCUCGAUUGCGCUGAACAAGUUUGUUGGGGACAAGACGUUUGAUUACAAGAAGCUGCACGAGGUUACCAAGGUGCUCACGCGCAACCUCAACAAGAUUAUCGACAUCAACUACUACCCUGUCCCAGAGGCGCGCAAGUCCAACAUGCGCCACCGCCCCAUUGGCAUUGGCGUGCAGGGCCUUGCCGACGCGUUUAUCCUGAUGCGUCUUCCCUUUGACAGCGACGAGGCACGCGAGGUGAACCGCAAGAUUUUCGAGACCAUCUACCACGGCGCCCUCGAAGCCUCCACGGAGAUUGCGUCCGUUGAGGGGCCAUACGAGACUUUUGAGGGCUCGCCCACCUCUGAGGGCAUUCUUCAGUUUGACAUGUGGGAUGUGAAGCCCACGGACCUGUGGGAUUGGGAGUCGCUUCGCGAGCGCGUGAAGAAGGACGGCAUUCGCAACUCGCUGCUGGUUGCGCCCAUGCCCACCGCGUCCACUGCCCAGAUUCUCGGCAACAACGAGUCGAUUGAGCCCUACACGAGCAACAUCUACUCGCGCCGCGUGCUCUCUGGCGAGUUCCAGGUGGUGAACAAGCACUUGCUCAAGGACCUUGUUGAGAUGGGUCUGUGGUCCGAUGAGGUCAAGGAUCAGAUUAUCCUCAACAACGGCUCCAUCCAGAAGAUUGAGGGCAUUCCCGAUGACAUCAAGGCCCUGUACAAGACGGUGUGGGAGCUCUCCCAGCGUACGCUGAUUGACAUGGCUGCUGAUCGCGGCGCCUUUAUCGACCAGAGCCAGUCGUUCAACGUGCACAUCUCCGACCCCAACUUUGGCAAGCUCACGUCCAUGCACUUUUACGCGUGGAAGCGGGGCCUUAAGACGGGCAUGUACUACCUGCGCUCGCGUGCCGCCACCAACGCCAUCCAGUUUACGGUCGACGCGAAGAAGGCGCGGGAGGCCAAGGAGGCCGCCAUGAUGUGCUCCAUCGACAACAGGGACGAGUGCGUCAUGUGCAGCGCGUAAUGACAACCAACGUGAUUGUGUGUGUGUGUGUGUGUGUGUGUGUGUGUGUGCGCCAUCUUCCGACAUUGACUGUCGUGGUGGUUGGUGGGGAAAGUGUUGAAUUGAAGGUUUGUCAUGAGCAAUCGUGUGACAAUGCGCUGAUGAAUGUAACAAGUGUCGGUCAGUCUUUUCUCUGCCUCCCCUCCCCCUUUGAUUUGAUUCCUCUGUGGGUUGCUUCUCUCUUCUCCCCUCUUCUCUCUGUUGCGUUACCCUGCUUCUUGUGCUUGACGAACGAAUAAACAAAAUAUGCUUUGACA